GGUGAUAAAAAAUAAAGCAACCCAUGUGAUGAUCAAAAGGGGCAGUAACCAAACAGGGGAACACGCAAAUUGGUUUAGAGAACUCCCCCCAAAUGAAACCAACACUCUAAAAUCGCCUGCCAAAAAAUCCCCCUGACAAAUGAUGAGAAAACUGCUUCGCAGCAGCCCCGCGCAGCCGUGCAACAUCGGCACACAUUUUUGCAAACAUCUGACGACAGCAAAAAGCGAAACUACGUCAGCUGAAAAUUUCCUGAACGAGCUAAAGUCAGAUGGCUGCAAAAGUUGGGAAUACUACAUCAAGGGAAUAAAUCCAGAUUAUGCGCCCAGGAAAGAAAUGUAUAAUUUUUUGACGGAAAAAAAAAUUAAUGUGUGCAGAAUGAGUGUAUACGAAAUUGAGUGUUUUACCAAGUGGAUACAAAUGAGAAAACUGUAUGGCAAUCAGUUCCCCCGAUUUCCAUACGAAGUGACAUUCGAGGACAAAGUUAACCAACUCAGGGAGAAGUAUCCCGCGCAGGAGUGACAAAAAAACUGCUUGUAAAAAAUUCUGGAUGAUUAUCCAAGGGGUGUGCAAAACAAACAAAUUGUGUAUGAACGUGUGCAGGUGAAAAAGACUCCGCGCGGAUCCGUUCGCGGUUUCGCCAUUUUGCAGAUGAAAAGGAGUGCCAUUGUUUGGCAACUUUCCCCCCCCUUGUGGAAAACCAAACGGGAGGCACCCCCAUUUGACAGAAUUAAAAGGACACCAACAUGGCGCACACGUUCAACGACGAAAGAACUUUAAAGGAGUCACCAAAAAAACGACAAAUAAUGAAUAACAAAUGCACACUUACGUUCGCGUAGGAAGGCACGAACGGAGGCGUUACCCCCUGGGUGGGCUACAGACAAUCAGGAGGGGCCUUUUUUCUUUUUUGACACGUACGGCUGCGUUCUGUAUAUGAACACCCCGUCGUCGUCCACAUUUUUUUGCUGAUCGGCGUAGGACAGAAUAAAUUUAUUUUUGUAUUUAAUUUUUUUCAGUAGCAGACUU